GCUCAACAAGAAAAGAUCAUGGGUUUGGGAAUAACAACGAUUCUAUUAUAUAUCCAAGGUGCAAACACGAGAUUUGCACGCAGUUGUUAUAUCAUGUGAUCCUGAAUAUGAACCUGUAGUGAUAGAUGAUAGUGGUAAAAAUAUCCUUUGAAGGACAAGGACGACCGUGCAACGUCUUCAACCCAAGAAGGUUCAUACAUUACUCUCGUUACCUCGUUGUUUCGUUCCUUUCCGGUGUGGGUCAGGAAGAGAAGUGACAAGAACAGCAAAAAAUGGCGAAUUGCAUGUCGAAGCUCUCUCGCCCAGCCAUCCUUGCGGGAUGUCUGGGGACUGGGCUGGUUGUUGCAAACGAAAAGAAGUACAUUAAGACCGAAAGGUUUUUGGAUGAGGCGGAGAAUAGCGAAGAAGCAGUUGACGCUGGUGUGAUGACGAGUAUGCGCGAACCCCCCCCCCCUCCACAUCAGAGAUAGAAGACGAAAAAGCAACAGAAAAUCGAGUCGCCACUGCGUUUCUGGAAGUCAGUCUCGAUUCAGGUGAUUUGUGUCUGAGGGUGAUUUUGUCCCAUUUGUUUCGCUAUUGAUAUUCUUGACCUCCAAACAAUUACAUCAACCUCCUGUUGGUAUGCACUCUUAGUCUCAAAAUGAUCUACAAAGACUUAAAACUCUCAAUUUUCAUCAGAACACCUCUUUCGUUGUUGUGCCAUUAGAUAAGUGAUCCAUCAAAAUGUCACUCUUCCUCAGUUCAAUCACACGCGAUACAGCGCAAUUUCGAAUGAAUAAAUACAUCUGUUGCGGGACGUUUCAAAUCAAAUGUAAAUGAUUUUGUCAGGUCAGGGAGAGAGGACAUCUACUACGGCGGAUGGUGAGCAGUCGCAUAUUCACGAUUAUGGUGCAAUUAGUGAACCCUCAGGAGCAAAAGGCGAUCCGAACGUCAUGGUGGAUGGUGAUUUGCAUCUGUCCAAGGGCGCUGCGGUUGACCUCGCCAUUUCAGAAGCGUCCAGAAGUACUAGCUUUAAUACGUCUAUUGGUAUGACGAUGGUUUUUCACUGUAGAACGUUAUCUCUUAUUCUCACCUCAAAAUACAAUCUUCCAUCGUUGUGCACUUGGUCUCGGUACACUCUAUCAUGGAACAAUCUCAUAAGCAAAAAGUUUUCAGAGCACGUUGUGCUUUGUUGUCGUAAACUCUGUUAGCUAGAAAUUAGCGUUAAAUAACUCUAUCCUCCACCACAUUACUGACUUGGUAGAGCAUAAAACUAUCCAAAUACAUCACAUGUGUUAAGUGACAAAUUUACACGGAUUUGCAAAAAAUAUGAAUUUUCUUUCACAGGGGAGAGGAAGUUCUUCGAAGAAGUUCGAGAAGGGGAGCCGGUAAGUCCGGCCGAAGUCGCCGAAUACGUCGGCUAUCUCCGCAAACGCUACAAAAAAUAUAUCGCGAAGACUGAUCCCCUGGGGCCGGAAAGCUGGGAGUGGGAAGCAUUCGAAAGAGAUCUAAUCGAAAAGGUGCAAGUUUACCUUUUUCCAAAACUUCUUUUCCUUUGAAGCCAUGUCGUUCUACCUUUUUCAUGUAGAGAGCAGCUUUUGUCUUCUACUCAUUUUUUUGUUAUUUCAAAUUUGUUUUUCUUUGUUCAACAACUUUCAUCUAUGGAAUUUAUAUAUCAUAUGAAGUGGCUCCCUAUUGCUGCAUACCUCCUUAUCCUCUCAAAGGUACAAGUUCUUUCCAAACUUCCGGUAGAUCAGAUACGGGAGUUGAUCACCAAUAUGAAAGAUCCGGGAAGAAUGAAUAGGCCAAAGGAUUCUCGAGAGAUUCUGUGGGGCAAUAGGGCGCGUUUCACGAUCGAGUAUAAGAUAACAGCUUGUUUUCUCGUUUGGUUUUAUGGCUUUUAACUCUGACGUGUCUGUCUUGCGAAAGCUCAAUCGCUUUAUUCUGUUCAGUAGGCUUUGUGUUUCGUGCUAGCUUCAUGAACAUUGGGUUUAUCAUUAUUCCUAUCCACAUGCUUAUCAUUCCAAUUAAUAUCAUCACCAAGUUCCGACGCGUUGGCAAAAUUACCCAAGGGUUUUAGGAGUCUCUUCGGGUUAAAAGAUUUCUUCAACUACUAUCCCGAGAACAAGGCCGGUGGAAGGUUUUUUUUCAUUCAACCGGUUUUUUACGAGGAGAAGGUCAGGAUCGUUGUCCCGGAUCAGAAUUCGAGGUUAUUUGAAACUGAUUCGCCGCUUUUUUUUUGGGUCUUCUACGUUUUCGAGCUUCUCUCCAUGCAAGAUAUCAAGUUCUCCAUUUGA